GUAUAAUUUCAUAUUUAAAGAAACACAGUUUAUUGUAAAAUUAGCAUUUUCUACUGCCAAAAGUUAAACAAGUUUAUGGUUUCACAGCAAGGUAAUUUCCGGAAGUUGUAGCGUGACGUAAGACGUGAGCAGAGUUAGCUAGCUUCUGAGCUAGUUAACGAGUUGUUGUUUCAGGGUAUACUUUUAGUUAUUUAACAACCAAGCAGCGGACAUUUCUGCCUAGGUCAUAGUCGAUAUAAAUUAUGGACGACGAAAGCUACCCAAGAACACUGUAUGUGGGGAACCUCUCCAGGGAUGUUACAGAGAUUUUGAUUUUACAACUCUUCACCCAGAUAGGACCCUGCAAAAGCUGCAAAAUGAUCACAGAGCACACAAGCAAUGAUCCAUAUUGUUUUGUGGAGUUCUAUGAACGCAGAGAUGCUGCUGCAGCCCUGGCAGCCAUGAACGGCAGGAAGAUUCUAGGAAAGGAAGUUAAAGUUAACUGGGCAACCACCCCAAGUAGCCAGAAGAAAGACACAUCCAAUCACUAUCAUGUUUUUGUUGGGGAUUUGAAUCCAGAGAUAACUACUGAAGAUGUCAGGGCUGCAUUUUGUCCUUUUGGGAAAAUCUCAGAUGCUCGUGUCGUGAAGGACAUUACAACUGGCAAAUCAAAAGGGUAUGGAUUUGUGUCCUUCUACAACAAGCUGGAUGCAGAAAACGCCAUCUCACACAUGGCGGGACAGUGGCUGGGAGGGCGCCAGAUCAGAACAAACUGGGCAACACGUAAACCGCCAGCUCCCAAAAGUGCUCAGGACAACGGUUCGAAGCAGCUGAGGUUCGAUGACGUCGUGAACCAGUCGAGUCCUCAGAACUGCACGGUGUACUGCGGUGGGAUCCAGGCAGGACUCACAGAACAUCUGAUACGACAGACGUUUUCACCGUUUGGUCAAAUCAUGGAGGUCAGAGUUUUCCCAGAAAAAGGCUAUUCUUUCAUCAGGUUCUCCUCCCAUGACAGCGCUGCACACGCCAUCGUUUCUGUAAAUGGCACGGCCAUCGAGGGACAAAUGGUGAAGUGCUACUGGGGCAAAGAGUCCUCUGACAUGGCAAAAAACCCACAGCAGGUUGAUUACGGUCAGUGGAGCCAGUGGAACCAGGUCUACGGAGACCCACAGCAGCAGUAUGGUCAGUACAUGGGCAACGGCUGGCAGGUUCCUUCUUACAACAUGUACGGACAAACAUGGAACCAACAAGGAUACGGAGUAGAGCAGUCGCAGUCAUCAGCCUGGAUGGGCGGAUAUGCCUCCGCACCGACGCCUCCCGAUGCCGCCAUGUCCAACGUUGGAAAUUAUAACAUGGCCGGCUAUCAGAUGCAGUGAGAUGGAUCCGACCUAAACGGAGCGCCAAGGGAAUAUAUACGGCACUUUUCAUCUGAACAGGAGAAACCAAUACAGCCUUUGUGGCUCAGAGUCGGUCCCUUUCAAACCCCCGACCCACAACUGGUUUAUAUUGUUUUAAAAACCUAUAUGGCAAUGAAAAACUAUUUUUUUGGAUUAUAAGAGAACGCCAAAGAAACUAACCUGGCCCAAAUCCUGAAAAGAUAAACCAAAGUAUUUGGAUCCUUGAAUCUUAGUCGUUACCUUUGGAGGAAAUCUGCUAAUGUCUGAGUUUUCCAAACAGAAACACAGACAACAAAAACAAAAUUGUUUUUCAAAAUUUAUAACUAUUUUUUUCCAAAAGAGCCUCCAAAUUAUUCAGCAGCUCACAGGAAUCUGAUAAGGAUGAAAACCUAAACCUGAAUUAUUCUUCCACUUUGGAAGAGUUUUAAAAAAAUAUAUUUGAAUUAAAAUUUACCAAUAGUUCUGUGAUAUAUAUAUAUAAUUUUUUUCUUUAAAGACAGGAUAAACUUUCAUAUUAGUUUUCAUCUUUAAGGUUAGUGUCUGAAUGCUUUGUAUAAAUGAGUUUAUAGGUAGACCAGCACUGAGCUUUGAGGAGAAAUCAGCUCCAUGUUGGUCUACAGCUUUAGCCUAUAAAAUGUCAAAUUUAAAUUGGAUUUUUUUCCUCUAAAUAAAGUUUGUAUAAAAAGAGAUUCUUAAAAAGCCACCUUGAAGAAUUUUUUUUCUAUAAUGAGAUGCAUGUCACAGACAGUGACAGGUUUAUUUUCAGAGGAUGCUGCUGCCAAGUUUUGAAUUUCUGGAGUUAAAUCUGAAAAUAAAAGGCUUUAUCUUUUUAUAGUUCCUGUAAAAACAUUAAAAUGGGUGAAAGUAACUUUAAAAGUUGGUGAGAGGAUUUUUUUAGAUUUUAUUUUAAAUGGUUUAAAGCACUUCUUUCUUUUCUCGGCUCCUUUACAGGUCUUCAUUUCUGGUUGGUAACAGGAUUUAUUAAACUUCUUUUUUUAAUCCUCUCCACCUUGGGUAACUUGUUCUGAUUUAAGACAUUUCUUAUAUCAGAAUAUUUUUUUUGUAUCCUGCUGUUUGGGUUUUAUUUGUCUGUGUGAUGUGUCAGAAUUUAAAGGGCAUGAAUCAGCAUUUUGUUAAGUUUUUCUUUUAACUCGUUUUUAGAUUUCUACCUCCAGAUUGAUUAUGACUUCCAUGUUAAAAAUUAAAGAAGACACAAACAAGCAAGAGCGCAUUCAAGAGUUGCUAAAACAUGUUAAAAAAGUACAUUUCAUCCAGGAAAAAUUUAACACUGGUUAAUCUGAAUUUAAAACUUUAAAGUGAA